AAUGACCAAUGGGAGGGGGCUCGGGCAUAAAAGGAGAGGGACAGCAGCGGCCAACAUGAAAACGAACGCUGACCAACACAUGGAGCGUAAACUGCGGCUACAGACCAGCCACAGCUAUCUAACACAAUGUCAUCAGUACUUGCCAUGGACAAAACCAUUUUAAUGAUUUUGCUGUGGAACCUGUGCAGUCUGCCACGUUUGGAGGGACUACCAGUCGGCAAGAGGUCCAUCAGUGAAGUCCAGCUCAUGCACAAUGUUGGAGAACGCAAGCAAGUGCUAGAAAGGCAGGACUGGCUGCAGGUGAAGCUGAAGUCUAUCCUGAUCCCCUCCGUCAACGACUCGCAAAAAGGACAAAAAGGAAAAACCAGGACUUUUUUUCCAGAUAUUUCAACGGCUGGGAAGAUCCAGUCGGGACCUUGAGCUAACACUGAGACGUCUUCAAGUUUGGUCUUACCUAAAAGAAAAAAGUGAACAUUUAAAAAGUGUCUUCACUCUAAAUUUUAAUGUCAUCACAGAGAAACAACACAUUGCCUCUGUGCAGACAUUAAACCAUAAGUCUUUGUUGAUAAAAAAUGCACUGAUCUGCAAUUGUUGUA